AAGCAUCUAGAAAUCUGAGAAAAAGGCUCUGUUUGGGCCAUGAAGUAAAGGGGGUUACGUGACAAAGCCGGCUCUUUGGACUUUCCAAAAUUUUCAAAACCCCCCCGUUCGGGACUUUCCACGCCUUUGACAAAUUCUACGCGACUCUCUCUUGGCUUUUCGUCGGAAGAAAGGAAAGAACUUUCCCAGCAGCCCUUCUCUUCUUUCUUUCAAAAGGGUUCCUUUCCUCGAGCUCUGCUUCGUCGCCUUUCGUGGAGAAAAGGGCAUACGUUAUCCAGUGAUCCGAUUCAAAUUCGAAGGAACAGAACACGAUGGCUAACCAAUCCGGCAACGACAAUCACGGACAGAGGGCAGGACGAUCCAGGAGAGCAUUCCAAUUUGCUGUUGCCACGAUGUUUAGCAUCUGGCUGCUCUUUCAGAUCAAUCAUCAAUUCGACAGUCAAAGACAUCGCCAGAACGAGGAGAACAUAAGCAUCCCGGACUCGGGCGCGCUACUUUUAGGCCGUAAGGUGAAUCUGGGAUUCAUGGCAGGAGGUCUUGUACCACAUAACGAGGAGCACUCUUACCUCGGCGACAAUGAUAUAGCCGGCGAAAGCGAAAAGACUGAGGAGCUGAUAGGAGAGGCAAGGGAGGGUCUGAUUCGUGAAGAGAGCGUCGGUUUUCCGAAAUUGAUCAUAGAAGUAACCGGCGAUGGCAGAGUUCGAGAUGGAGGGGCAGUGACUUACGAAGGCAAUGUCUUUGCGGAUGAGAACGGGGUACCACCCGAUGUGAGCGGUGUGUAUGCGAUGAAAUCUGAAGACGACAUUGCGUCUGCAGCACUUGAUACGCUAUGACAUCCUGCCACAAGAGAUCGGCCGAAACGAGAGGACGAUUCGGUGUGUACUAUGUAAUGAAAGGUAUCUAGAAAUAGAGAAGUUUUUUUUUAACUUAAAACGGCCGAACUUUCCCUCCACCGCAGCCUUCUUUUUGAAAUUGUGUAAGUUGUGAAUAACACAUAUGUGCAAACUCAGAGGCUUUCUGAUCA